AUGACGCGCGCCGGCAGCCGCAGCACCUUGGCUCCCCGCCGCACGCUCCCGGCCACCGUCGUCGACGACACCGUGGCCGCCGCCGCCAUUCUGCUCGACAAAUGGCACCCGGAGGAUUCUUCUUCCGGCCGCUCCCUCUUCCUCGACUCCACCACCCCAGACGAGGCCGACGCCUUCCUGCGCGCCGCCAAGGACCUGCACCGCGCCAUGCUCUUCUACGCGUCCGGUCUCACCGCCAAGGACGUCCACGGCGGGGGGCACGGUCUCAUACAGGCGCAGGAGCUUCUUGAUACCGCCAUGAGGAGGCUCCAGCUUGAGCUCCAGAUCCUCCUCUCCUCCCUCCCGAACGUCUUGAAGUUCGAGGAAGACGACGACGUCGACCAGAGCACCGACGCUCUGAGAGAAACGUGCGGCCACCUCCGCGCGGUCGCGGAGGCCAUGCUGGCCGCCGGGUACGGCCAGGAGUGCGUCUCCGUCUUCAAGGAGCGCCGCCGCGCGUCCGUGGCUUCCGCGCUACAGCGCCUGCACGGCUUUUCGUCAUCCCUGCAGCAGGCCACGAUCAACAAGCUAUCCUGGGAACAGAUUGAACCCAAGAUGCAGUCCUGGCUCUCCGGCGCGCGCGCCGCGUUCGCGUCCGUCUUCGCCGGGGAAAGAGACCUCUGUGACCGCGUCUUCGCAGGGGAAAACGCGUCCGUCGGCGAUGCCUUGUUCUCGGCCGUCGCCGAAGAUAAGGCAAUGAUCAUCCUCGCGUUCGCCGAGGCCGCCGUGGCGCGCGCGCGCCGCGCCCCGGAGCGGCUGUUCCGCGUGCUCGACGUCCACGACGCGCUCACGGAGACCAUCAUCCCGUCCAUCGUCGCGGCGUUCGGUGACAAGUCGGAGGUCACGGCCCGUGCCGUCACGCUAGCGAUGACCAAGGUCGGCAACGCGGCGCGGGGUAUGGUGGCCAGCUUCGAGGCGGCCAUCGAGAAGGAGCCGGCCAAGGCCACGGUGGCGGGCGGCGCGGUGCACCCGCUCACCCGCUACGUCAUGAACUACCUCGUCUUCCUCGCCGACUACGAGAACGCGUUGGCUCGCAUAUACUCGGCGGAGCAGUUUACGGACACGUCGUCAUCCGUCGGCUCCGGAAGCGACACCGCCAGCUCGUCAUCGUCGGACCUCUCAAUGUCGUCGACAUCAUCGUCAUCGAUGAAGCUAGCGACACUUAGCCUGUGGUCGAACCCGAUCGGUUGGCUCGUGUCCGUUCUGAUGCGGAAGCUGGACGCCAAGGCCGGGAACUACCGGGAGGCGGCGCUGAGCUAUUUGUUCCUGGCGAACAACACGCACUACGUGGCCAAGAAGGUGGGCGGCGGCACGAAGCUGGAGGCGGUCCUCGGCGAGGAGUGGGCGGAGGCGCAGAGGGCCAAGGCGCGGGGGUACGUGGACGUGUACGUUCGCGCGGCGUGGGGGACCAAGGUGCUCCGCGGCGGCGCGAUGGACGAGGCGGUGGUGGAGGCGGCGACGAUGCAGGAGAGGUGGGUGGCGGCGGACGAUGACAUGGGGGAGGCGCUCAGGGCGGUGGCCAAGGCAGCCGUGGUUCCCACGUACAGGAUGUUCUACCGGCGGCAGGGAGCUGCGGCCAGGCUAACGCCGGGGGACGUGAUCGGCAUGAUAGACGGACUGUUCGGCGGCCGGGCGUCAGACUCAGACAUCAGCAGCAGCAAUAGCUUAGUCAGCACCUAG